ACCACAAUGGAUGUUUUAUUAUUCAGAAGCUAAAUCGAUUCCAUCACUGUUUAGAAUGGCCGCCGGCCUUGGAGAGAGCAUUAUUAAGAAUCAUGCAUUUUUGGAUGUUAAUAAGAGAGCUGGCCAUCUUGCCAUUUCUAUGUUUUUAGCUAUCAACGAUUAUAAUCUGCAACAGGUGACGUUAAUAUAG